AUAAUCAAACUCAGGAUGCAACGGGAAAACGUAGACUCUCAUCUUUGGAUCUCAUUUCACGAGCGAACUCGCGGUCAAAACCUAUACUAACAUGUUAAUGCUUGUUCUUUUAUGUUUCAAUAAAUAAUAAUUCCUGCAAGUUAUAGCACUGAGUUGAUAAGCUACAAUGUAUGGAGUGGUUAUAGCUUAUAUAUUUUCCCUGUGUUUAUUUAUAACAAGAAGCGAAUUAAAUUACACUAUGUAUCGUUCAGCGGACGACCACCACUUGAAACUGAAAUUUGGCGGAUCGAUAGAGCUGUCUGGAUCGGACGAGCAGAGCAUUGUGUCAGACAAACUCGACGGUCUACCGUUCCUCGGUGUUAUAAAUGAAGUUGAAAAUGACGAUGCGAUGUCAGACAGAGACAACGACAUAAUGAGUGAAAAAGGAACUGAAGUAAGGACGGCGGAUAAUUCCGAAAACCAGGACUUAUCGGCGCUUGGUGGCAGUGCCGAGAUGGUGAGGGAGAACAAUAAUUUUCCCGAGUCACCAACAAUAGAAGACACAGAUAGUUUAGAAGAAAACAACAGAGAAUUUUCGCCAUUUCGGGAAAAUUAUGUCAAGGAUGACAACAACCCAGCGUUCGUCCCUACUGACCUUGAGGUGGAGCUCCACCUUACGACCAGAGUCUCCAUCCCGAGAACGACUAAAUUCAAGCGCCACAAGGUCCAAGACGAUGAGAGGAUACGGAAGUUUACUGCGCAUGUGUAUGAACAGGCUUUGAAGGUAUUCGAAUCAAUGAAAAAGAAAACGGACCCUUACACGGCCACGAAGAUCGACGCGUUGGCCGAGACUUACAAGCAGAAAUUCACGGAUUUCGUGGAAAAGACCAGAAAUGUAGACAUUAAAACUAGACAGGGAACUCAGAACGUUAUCCUGCAUACUAUAGACACGUCUAACUUGAUUAUGGAGAGGAUUGUCAAUUUUCUGAAGACUGAUAUGCUUGGCGAAGGUACAACUGCGUUGAGGCAAGGCGGCGCGUCACGGCUCCAAAAAGAAGUGGACACGGUGAAAUUGCUUGAGCAUGAGCAUGCUUGCAAAAUGUUUGGGAUCUGCCGUAGUGCUAAUGGAUUCAGAGACAAACUACAAAACAUCAUAUCAACACUCCUCUCCCUCCCAGACAACAAACUCCUUCAAGCCAAUGACGCUGCUACAGAAAUACUAAAAGACGCUGAUUUAUCAGCCUUCAUAUCAUCGUAUGCCACCCUCCACCGAGUCGAAAAAACCAUACGGUCCUUAGAAAAUAUUGACGCUUUAACACUGAGAAAGAACUUAGAAGUAUUAUUCGGCGUUUUAAGCCAAUCGCACUUACCUUUAAUUGUGGACAGGGCUAAAUCUUUUGAAAAACUUUCUGUAAAACGAACGGUAUCUUUCCACGCACUUUUAGAUGCUAUAGAAGACGCUUUGCCCCCUACUGAGGCUAAUAAAUCAGAGUGGGGGGACAUCGCGAACCGUCUAAAGAUAUGGAAAGAUGGGGGGGUGUCGGAUGUGCAAGAAACGCUGAAGAUUUUAUAUAAUAAUGUAAACAGGGGGGCGAUGAAGUAUAGAGAAAGGUCGGAGCAGAUAAGAGAGCUGGUGGAAGAUGUUGCUGAAAGUGUUGUUGAUGAUGAUGAGGAGUAAAUGUUGAUUUUAUAUGUUUUUAUUAUUUCCUAUGGUAUUGCAACAUAUUCAACUUCACUAAUACUAGUGGCUGUGAGCUGUAGACUGUAGACACAUUAAUAAGCUUCAAAAAUGUAAAAAAUAAAAAUACUUCGUAGUCAUUAUCACAGCGAACUCACAAUAGUCUUAAGUGCCAUAUACCCUACUGGCACCUAAGUCUUAUGCGAAAUUCCACCAUACAUAUUGUUAACGCCUCGAGUAUGUGUGCCAUAAAUGAGACACAUACUCACACAGCGACAGCAACAGAUGCGCGGGCGCGGCCCGCGUCCCACUCUUCAUCUAGCCAGCAACGCAUACGUACAUAUAAUAUUUAUCUACCAUGUAG